AAGACUCAAAGUAGUGUCAGUUUCAAAGUCACCUUCCAACGGCGCCGUAUUACCCUUCCGACGCCAUAGCCAAACAGCAGAGAAAGCUUCACGCGAAGCCUUCACCAGUUCGAUAGCAGCAAUAAUCGAAGGAUCCGAUUGGAACAAACCCGAUUCGUGUAUACAUUUCGGGUCAACCGUUAUGGCUGCUACGGAAUCCAAAAAAGUGAACUCCGAGAACCCGGCGGCGGCAAAAGCCGGCGGCAAAGUGUGGUUUUAUUCUUUGCUCCUCACCUUACAGUAUGGUGCUCAGCCGCUUAUAUCCAAGCGUUUUGUCAGGCGUGAAGUGAUAGUUACUUCAUCUGUUUUAACAUGUGAAGCAGUCAAGGUUAUUUGUGCUCUUGUUCUCAUGGCAAAAGAAGGCACUUUGAAGAAAAAUUACAGGGAGUGGACCUUAUUUGGCUCUUUGACUGCAUCUGGACUGCCUGCUGCUAUCUAUGCACUACAAAACAGCUUAUUGCAGAUCUCAUAUAAAAAUCUUGAUUCACUCACGUUUUCAAUCUUGAACCAAACAAAACUGUUCUUCACAGCCUUGUUUACUUACAUAAUUUUGAGGCAGAAGCAAUCCAUUCAACAAAUUGGGGCUCUUUUCUUGUUAAUCAUGGCAGCUGUCCUUUUAAGUGUUGGUGAGGGCUCCAGCAAAGCUUCCAGUAGUAGUAACCCCGAAGAGAUCUUAUUCUAUGGAAUUGUACCAGUUUUGGUUGCAUCUGUGCUUUCUGGUAUGGCAUCUGCCUUGUGUCAAUGGGCAUCUCAGGUUAAGAAACACUCAUCUUACCUGAUGACUGUUGAGAUGUCCAUUAUUGGGAGUCUCUGCUUGAUAAGUAGUACUUCCAAGUCCCCAGAUGGAGAAGCUAUUAGACAGCAUGGAUUCUUCUAUGGAUGGACUGCAUUAACUUUGAUCCCUGUUAUUUUAAAUGCCGUUGGUGGAAUUCUUGUGGGUCUUGUGACUUCAUAUGCCGGUGGUGUUAGGAAGGGUUUUGUCAUUGUGUCUGCACUUCUUGUCACUGCUUUGCUCCAGUUCAUCUUCGAUGGAAAACUUCCUUCACCAUACUGCCUCGUGGCACUUCCAUUGGUCAUGAUUAGCAUAAGCAUAUACCAAAAAUACCCAUAUCGUGUUAAAAAGAAGCAAAUGUGAAUUGUGAAUACACCAUAUUAUGACUCCCAUGAAUAUUUGACAAAAGGGACAAUCGAUUCUACUCAUGUAGCAGGAAAACAGUGCUUAGAGUGGAUAAGUAUUUUUAGAGGAGUCCAACUCUACCUCAGAACUGGAACAUUUGAGUAAAAAUAUGUUGCUUUACUAGUAGAUAUAUCUGUAUUUGAUGUAUAUGGACAUCCUCAGCAUGAUUCCACAUUGAGUAGCGGAAAUUGGAUGGAUCUCUGGCUGGAAACUCCUUCUAUAAGUGCAAUCGCCUUUUCUGAGAAGUUAGAGUGCGCGGAUUACCAGCUAGUUUGAAGCCGCGAGAUGAAGUUUAGUUUGAGCUUGAACUCGGGUGUAAAAAGAAAGAUGCUUUUCUCUUUUAUUGCCUUCUCAUAUUAUAUUUGUUAUGUUAUUUAGAUACAGAAAGACAGGGUAACGCCUAAUGAGUGAAAAAGCUAUGUGGAAAUUCA